AUGACAUUCUUUAGAGAGAUUCCAACAAAAACUCAUUUCUCAUUUCAGGCCUUUGAAGACCUCAGCAAGCUAAUGGUCAAGGCUAAGGAAAUGGUGGAGUUAUCAAAAUCAAUUGCUAAUAAGAUCAAAGACAAGCAAGGUGACGUCACUGAAGAUGAGACCAUCAGGCUUAAGUCCUAUUUGCUGAGCAUGGGAAUAGCUAACCCAGUUACCAGGGAAACCUAUGGCUCGGGCACACAGUACCACAUGCAGCUGGCCAAGCAGCUGGCUGGGAUGCUGCAGGCACCGCUAGAGGAACGAGGGGGAAUAAUGUCACUCACGGAGGUGUACUGUUUAGUAAACCGAGCUCGAGGAAUGGAAUUGCUCUUACCAGAAGAUUUAGUGAAUGCUUGCAAGAUGCUGGAAGCGCUAAAAUUACCUCUCAGGCUCCGAGUUUUUGACAGUGGCGUCAUGGUAAUUGAGCUUCAGAGCCAUAAAGAAGAGGAAAUGGUGGCCUCAGCCUUGGAGACAGUUUCAGAAAAGGGAUCCCAGACAUCAGAAGAGUUUGCUAAGCUGGUGGGAAUGUCUGUCCUCCUGGCCAAGGAAAGGUUGCUUCUUGCAGAGAAGAUGGGCCACCUUUGCCGAGAUGAUUCAGUGGAAGGCUUGCGUUUUUACCCAAAUUUAUUUAUGACACAGAGCUAAGGGUUUUUUGUAUUUCAAAUCCUUCUUGUUCACAUACUUAUAUCGUGUAGACUUUGUAGGACAUUGAGCUCAGAGUAAACCCUGAUAAACUGAGAAUUUCUGGAACUUAAUACUAUACUAUACUAUACUAUACUAUAAAACCCUUUUAAUUUCUCCCUAAAUAUUAUGGUCCAGGAAGUUUACUUGGGAUAAAUAUAGGAAAAUACAGAAAACUGAAGGCUGCUAUGAAUUUGAAAUCAUGCUACCCUGAGAGUUUAACCUCAAAUCUAGUGGAUUUUAACUUGACCCUCCAAUCUGACCUUUUUUUUUUUUUUUUUAAAAGGGGGUUUAGUUAAUGGGGGAAGAAAGAAGUUGCAUGUUUGGACAGGUUAGAUCAUUUUUCUGGUGUGACUAAAAUUCACUGAGUUAUAAAGGAAGUUUGUCUCUGCAUCUAAUGUGCCCAUUUGGGGAGGUGGCGUUCAUGACGCAAGUCGUAGCUAGAGUGUAGCUUAAGAACUGACAGCACAGGGACAGAGCAUCAGACUGUGGGACACAGUAUGGGGCUCCUUCCCUAAGGCUUUUUCUUUAGAAACACUCUUAAACAUGUCUUCAACAUACACCUUAAAAAAGGAGAAAAUUGUAUUCAAUUUAUGUAUAUAUAAUCUAACUUGUUCUUUUUUUCACGUGAUGAUUUCAUGGCUGGCAUUUAAAGAAUGUAACUAUCUCAUUUUGUUGAAAAAAAAUGCUGUGGGGCGCCUGGGUGGCUCAGUGGGUUAAGCCGCUGCCUUCGGCUCAGGUCAUGAUCUCAGGGUCCUGGGAUCGAGUCCCGCCUCGGGCUCUCUGCUCAGCAGGGAGUCUGCUUCCUCCUCUCUCUCUGUGCCUGCCUCUCUGCCUACUUGUAAUCUCUCUCUGUCAAAUAAAUAAAUAAAAUCUUUGAAAAAAAAAAUGCUGUGGAUUUUGAAACUGAAUUAACGAGCUGUAUAGACACACCCAGGGAUAUGAUUACAAAUUUGGAAAGUAGAGGGCCAAGGAAUUCCCUAGGAUUGUGUGGGUGGAGGGGCCAGGAGAACCUUUAAGUAACUUAACAGGAACCUUGGUGCUCUUUGACCUUGAAAGCCAAGGACAGGAACCAAGAAGGCGAACAAGUAAUCGGUUUCCUUUUCCUUCAUUUAAUGAGUUUCAACAAGACACUUUAAAAAAUCUUUCAUCUUCCAGCAAUACUUUUUUUUUCUUUACCCCAUACAUUAGAAGUUGUGUAGAGAAACUAUCUCACUGAGAAAUAUUACUGCAAUAACAAAAACUGGCUCAUAUUGAAUGUCGAUUGCUUGAGUUCUAAAGUGGACUGCCUGACUUCCUACGUCAUUGCUCUCCAGCGUAUGGUGUGUUGGCAUUACCUCAAACUCAGGGACCCCACAGGGACAGAAGGAGCCUCCCCUUCUCAAACUGUGUUGAAAAUGGAAAGUAGGGAUGGUUUUCGGCCAAGCCUCCAGAAGGGAUAGUGUCUGUACUGAGCUAACGGUUGUGACUAGCAGGAGGGGAUACCCCAGCUCACAAGCUGCGAUCCCAUAGAGGUCACUGGGUGAGGUAGAGGCCACUGCCAGAGGCCACGACAGAUGCCCUUUGGGGAAGGAAGUUGCAGGGAUCCUCGGCUGCAGACCCAGGGAAUCCCUACCACUGCAGCCAGAUCCGGUCCCCUGAUCCCUGCCUGCAAAAGUGGCUGUCGCUGCUUCUCGUCCUCCAGCGUCACGGGAACGUCUUGGCCAAGGCCUCCUGCCUGUCUUCAUUUUCCAGACCUGUUGUUAAUUCUGCAAUAUGAUGACAGAUCCCCUCAUUUCCUCAUUGCUCAGCCUCAGGUUUGUUUGGAGGGGUAUUCAGUGUCCGGCUGCC